AUGCAGAAAAAGUCGCACCCCAUUGUGAGGUGGUCCAAGCAGUUGAUGUUUGCCAUUGCAUUCGGCUACGUGCUACCCACCGUCUACGCUCUGGCUCUUGUCCUCUCAAAGGCCCUUAGCCUUCCAGCUGUCGAUAUGGGCUUCAUGCUCGUCGCCAACGUCUACGUCCAGGCUUUCGGUGCUGUCCUUGCGUCGCUGUCGAGCGCGUACAAGUGGAGAGAGGACCGCUUCACCGAUGACCUCGGUCCCGACAACGCGGUCCUUCCUGGCAUGCGCCACGCCAGCGAUCCCUUCGCCAAUGCCACUACGCCUAUGCGCAAUGCCCGCCAUGCGGCGGCUCUCGAUUCUGUCGUAUCAGAGUCGUAUGCACCUUCCAGGCACAACUUUAUCACCUCGCGCCUUUCCUCCUCGGAUUCAAGAAGAAACACUGCCAACACUCAGGCUUCGCAGGCGAACGCACCGGCGCUCACUCCCAUCCUCACUGGCGCCGCUUCUUCCAGCAGCGGCGGCAUGCAGUCUGGAAAUGUUUCGCCCAAAUCGUCCGGGCUUCGCCCUAGCGUCAGCGUCGACGACCACAGUCCCAACUCAAAGCGAGGCACUGCGCAGUUGAUCACCGAAACACCCGGAACAGCUGACGCCAUCUCGAUCGACUUUCCCGUCGCGUACGCUCUACAGCAGUACGACACGCGGCGCUCGUCGGAUGCGACACUGAUCGCACCCUCGGGCGGCCUGGACAAGUCGGAAGCGCCCGCUCGCAGGGGAAGCCUCUCGUCGCCAGACAGCAAGCAGGUUCUGAACCCGCAGAGUCGACCAGGCAGCAGUGGCACGGGGCGCAUGCAACGCCAUGGCUCGAGCCGGUCAGUGCCCCAGGACGGCAGUCUAGUCGAAGAGGAAGAGAUCGCCGCUACGCCCCCACCACCACCGCGCGAACUUUAG